AUGCCGCCGGCCACGCCUCUGCAUGCUGCGCACGCACAAGUCGCGGCACAUGAUGCGGCGCACGCCCCGAGGCUGCAGCAGCAGAGAGAUCAUGCAACCGAGGAGGUAUUGCUGAGAACAAGUGAAGCUUUAGGGCAACCUCAAAGAAUGACUCCACCUGCCACUGGGCGAAUCCAGAAAGCACGCAACGAAUUUUUGGUGUCGGAGAAAACAGGUCGAGCUGUGCUGGCGGAGAAUGAUGAGAACAGGCCCAACAUGGACGCAAGUGUAUCUGGGAUGGAUGAAGAGCAACUAGAUCCCAAGCAGGCUUUGCGAGGAAAGGAGUCAACAUCUUGCGAGGUUGGAAGCCUGCAGAAAGGGAAGGACGAGAAACGGUGGCAACUGGGGGACUUUGACAUUGGCAAGCCUCUUGGGAGGGGCAAGUUCGGAAAUGUAUACUUGGCACGAGAAAAAGCUAGCAAGUACAUCGUGGCCUUGAAGGUGCUCUUCAAGAACCAGCUGCAGCAGUCGCAGGUGGAGCACCAGCUGCGGCGCGAGAUCGAGAUCCAGAGCCACCUGCGCCACCCCAACAUCCUGCGCCUCUAUGGCUACUUCUAUGACACGAACCGUGUGUAUCUGAUCCUGGAGUACGCGGCCAAGGGCGAGCUGUACAAGGAGCUGCAGCGCUGCAAGUACUUCAGCGAGCGCCGCUCCGCCACGUACAUCGCCUCGCUGGCGCGCGCGCUGCUCUACUGCCACUCCAAGCACGUCAUCCACCGCGACAUCAAGCCCGAGAACCUGCUCAUGGGCAUCAAGGGCGAGUUGAAGAUCGCCGACUUUGGCUGGUCGGUGCAUGCUCCAAACAGCCGCCGGCAGACCUUGUGCGGGACGCUGGACUAUCUGCCGCCAGAGAUGGUUGAGGGCCGCGAGCACGAUGCCACGGUGGACGUGUGGAGCCUGGGCGUGCUCCUCUUCGAGUUUCUCUUUGGGGUGCCCCCCUUUGAGGCCGCGGGCCACUCCGAGACGUACAAAAGGAUUCUGCGAGUGGACCUCCAGUACCCAGCCCACCCGCAAGUCAGCCUCGGGGCAAAGGACCUGAUCACAAAACUUCUUAUAAAAGACCCCAAACAGAGGAUGCCUUUAUCGCAAGUCCUUCAACACCCGUGGAUCCUGGCCAACGCUGAACCAAGCGGGAGUUACACCUCAUGACCCCCGGUUCGCCUCAGCCUGCCUGCUCAAUGCUUGGAGCAGGUUUAACGAAUAGAUGCUACUGUUUACAUUGGUCCCUGAGGAUUUGACAUCAGCGGCCGGCCUUGUAGAAGGGAACUACGUUAGAUAAGUGCAGACGCCUAUUUGCUUCAAUCGAAGGUCCACUCUGGGCUUCCGACUUAUCGUCGACGAUCUUAUGCAACUAAUUCUGCAAAGCAGGUCCUUUUCAUUUAAGUCGUGUAUCAUCUGUCAGCACAAGCGUGUCAAGGUACCCUCGCGCAAAUUGCUUCGGAAGUGGACAGCAUUUCCUUUUAGACGAGAAUGUGAUUACAG